GCGACCCGCCUUGAAGUGCUCGGUCGUGGUGAUCAGCUCUCAUAUUCUCCUUUGCCAUCCUCAGGCUCCUCUCUCCGCUCGCCACUGUGGUCGACCUCGAUCAACGCUGCGACAAAACCGGCCAUGGCAGCAGUAGACCGAGCAGACUCGCCGUCACUGCUUGACAAACUUGACAAUCUCGUGUCUACACCGAUCGCCGAAUUCGAUGCCUUCCCCAAGCUGCCCUCGACAUACAAGGCGCGGUCUGAGGGCCGUGGCUUUCUCACCGUAUUCGUUACCUUCAUGGCAUUCCUGCUGGUUCUGAACGACCUAGGGGAGUACAUCUGGGGUUGGCCAGACCACGAGUUCAGCGUAGACCGGGACAGGUCCAGCGACCUGCGCAUCAAUGUGGAUAUGCUAGUCAAUAUGCCGUGCCAAUAUCUGAGUGUCGAUUUGCGCGACGCUGUUGGCGAUAGGCUAUACCUUAGUGAUAGUUUCCGUCGGGACGGCACACUGUUUGACAUUGGUCAAGCAACAGCUUUGAAGGAGCAUGCCGCUGCGCUUUCGGCAAGGCAGGUUGUUACUCAGUCGAGAAAAUCUCGAGGUUUGUUCGCGACCCUUUUCCGCCGUAACUCUGGUGGUUUUCGCCCUACCUACAACUACAAGCCGUCGGGCAGUGCAUGCAGAGUCUACGGAUCGGUCGCUGUCAAGAAAGUGACAGCUAACCUGCACGUCACUACUCUGGGCCAUGGCUACGCUAGUCGUCAACAUGUGGAUCACAACCUCAUGAAUCUGUCUCAUGUUAUCACAGAGUUCUCCUUUGGACCCUACUUCCCUGACAUAACACAGCCUCUCGAUAACUCGUUUGAGCUUACAGAAGACUCCUUCGUCUCUUAUCAAUACUACCUCCAUGUCGUUCCAACAACAUACAUCGCGCCACGGUCACGUCCACUUCACACGCAUCAAUACAGCGUAACGCAUUACACACGUGUAUUGAAACAUAACAACGGCAUUCCCGGGAUCUUCUUCAAGUUCGAUGUUGACCCGAUGAGCCUCACGAUUCAUCAGCGUACGACUAGCCUUUUGCAGCUGCUGAUACGAUGUGUCGGUGUUGUCGGGGGUGUGUUCGUAUGCAUGGGCUAUGCAGUGCGCAUCACAACGCAUGCAGUGGAAGCCGUCACCGGUAGUGACAAGACGCAGGGCAUCGUCGCUGCUGAGGCAACGGGUGCUGGCCGCAAGAAAUGGAUGAGUGGCGAGCUGCGUUCGCGCGGGACCAGGCACAGUGGCAGCGGGUGGACGGCCGACGGUGGCAGUCCUUAUGGUAGCUACGCCGGCACACCUGUUACAGGUAGCUUCUCCAACGUCGGCUCACCGUACGGUUCUCCAAGUUUGUACGGCGCCAACGACGCAGCGGCGCCUGGCGCCCAACGUCCCGGAUACGGCUUGGGCAUCGGUUCCCCGUCAUUUGGACCGAACGCAUCGCCUAAAAUCCCUCAUGGCGCACCCGGGAACAUACCAGCCGCUGCUGCUGCAGGCUCUCCCUACUCUGCCCCACCUUCGCCCUACAUGCCGGCGGCAUCACCUCCGACCACGGCAGGACUCUAUGCCCACUUCCCACCCACGCUACAUGCCCACGACGGCACCAAUGGGACCGGGCAUCCACACAGUCCAGGGCAGAGCCCAUCAAACUUCUCCACUCAGCAAGGAGCUGCACCGCCUCGUCGAGAGAAUGGGAUGCGGCAUUCCAUGAAUGGGAGUCUGGGAGCGACAAAGAAGGAUGAUUGAUUUUAUUUCACCUUGAUAUCUGGGACUGCAUCAUCAUCCCCCCUUGAUUGUCGUGCAGGCAUCUGUUGGAAAAGAUUUUCUCACCGCUGGACGUCGUAGACGUCGGAAUUGUAACGCUAUUCUAUGAAUUCAUGGCUCUUGCAUUCGUAAUGCGCCGUUUGAAUCCUAUUGCGUGAUGCAUGGUGCAGUGACGAGC